AUGGAUACCAUCCGGUAUCACAAGGAAAUCAACGGCAUAAAAUCGUAUUUCUUCUCGCCACUUCUCAGAUACAUCUUUAUAAAUGAGCAGAAAUUGAUUGAGAAUAAAAAAGUCAACCAAUUUGCCGCAUUCAUUUUGGGAUUAACCGAUAACUUCCCAACGGCAGAUGAUUUUGAAAGAAUUCUCACCCGCGCAAAUCCGAAUAAUUAUGAAUUGAUUACUGAAAUCGAUAGAUUUCUCCUAUUUGGAAAUGAUUAUUUGGAAAUCACUCAGAUUCUUGUUGAAAAAUUGACUGCAAAUGGAAUCAAUCACGAUGUAUACACUUGUCGAUUUAAUGCAAAAGAUAGUGCAGGUUUUAAAGAAGAUUUUGAAAAACUUGUCAGAAAAUCAGUUAUCGGAAAAGUAAAAGGCAGCCAAUUCUUGAGAUCUCUCCAAUCGAUUAUGAUGGCAGAAUCUGGGUGUGCUAGAUUUGCAGCAAUUAGUGAUUUAUGUAUUCAUGAUUUUGAUUGGGACGCCUACGUCUACCUCAAGUUAUUCUUCAGUGAAAAAGAGGAGGAAAUCAAAUUGAUUCGUGAUAGAAUUAUCGAGAAAAUCAAAGGAAAACAUGAUGGAUUGGUGGAUAUUUGGGAGAAAGCUGAACUUGCGCGGAGUUUGAAGAAAUCGAUGGCUGAAAUUAUUGAAAAAGUGUUGCCAACAAUUAUUGAGCAAAUUCUUCCGAUUGUUGAGAGAGAAAAUGAGUAUGCAUUGAUUCAAUUAGCUGGACUCACCAGUCAGAUUUUUUAUUUUUUUGUUCGUGCGAUUCUUGAUGGUGAAUUGGAUUUGGUUGAGGAUAUUUAUAAGAAGAUUCCUGAAUCUAUCAGAAGAUUGAUGUUUCCUGGAUUGAUUCGGUCAAUUGUUAAGGUAACUUAUUUUCUUUCUUUAAAAAAUAAUUGAUUUUUUCAGUUUCAGCACACAAUUUCAGCCGGGAAACUUUUUUGGCUUAAAAAAUUGAUUUCAGGCUGAAAAUAUUGUCAGAAUUUUGUGAUCAAAUCAUGGAAUUAUUCAUUUUCUACGAUUUUCAGCACAAAAUACUGAUCUAGAAAAUAUUUUUGACCUGAAAUUGAAAAUUUUUCAUAUUUUUUCAACCAAAAAAAUAUUUCCCGGCUGAAAUUUUGUGCUGAAAAAUCAGCAUUUCUAUGAUUUUCAGCACAAAAUUUCAGCCAGGAAACUUUUUUCGAGCGCUUUGCGUGAGUGUAAACCGCAAGCUUCCGCUUCAGCUGCCAAAGCUCGAUUUUGGCUGAAAUUUUGUGCUGAAAACGCUGGAAACAUUGAAAAUUGCUGAAAACGUAGGUUUUCAUGAGUUUCAGCACAAAAUUAUGAUCUAGAAAAAUAUUUUUGACCUGAAGCAAACCUCACCCAAGAACCUGGAGAAGUGGGUAAAAAAUUGCCCACCUGGGUUUAUUUAUUAAAUUUGCCCACCUAGUAAAAAAAUUUUGCCCAGUUGAGCCUCGCCUUAAAGACCCUAAAAAACUUUGCCCAGUUGAGGCUCGCCUUAAAGACCCUAAAAAACUUUGCCCAGUUGAGGCUCGCCUUAAAGACCCUAAAAAACUUUGCCCAGUUGAGGCUCGCCUUAAAGACCCUAAAAAAUUUUGCCCAGCUGAGGCUCGCCUUAAAGACCCUAAAAAAUUUUGCCCACAUAGGUUUUCCGAAAAAAAUUGCCCACCUGGAAUUCCAGGUCUUGGGUGAGGUUUGGACCUGAAGUUGAAAAUUUUUCAAAAUUUUCAUAUUUUUUCAUCCAAAAAAGUUUCCCGGCUGAAAUUUUGUGCUGAAACUGGGAAAAUAGCUGAAAACUUAGGUUUUCAUGAGUUUCAGCACAAAAUUUCAGCCCUGAACCUUUUUUCGAGCGCUUUGAGCGAGUCUAAACUGCAAUCUUCCGCGAAGCGGUUCCGGACUGAAAUUUUGUGCUGAAAAUCGUGCUAAACCUGACAUUUGCUGAAAAUAAUGAUUCUCUAAUGCAAAAAUAGCUUUUUUUCCAGCCAUCCAUCACAUUUGUCACCUAUUUUUCCCAAUUCUUCAUCUCAAUUCCUGGAAACCCACUAAAAUUGGCUGAAAUCGAAGUCGAAUUGUUCAAAAUGCUCGACAAACCUUGGAAAAGAGAUGCUUUGCUGAAAAUUGUCUACGAUUUCAAGGCUGCCAUCUCAAGAAAUCCAUUUGGUUGUGCAGUUUUUUUGGGAGGCCAUGAGAGAAGCCAAAUUUUGUUGGCAUUCGAUUUUGUUUCGGAAGCUGUUUUGAAUUUUGGUGGUGAAUUUGAUUUCCUUUGGAUGCAUUUCAAUGUCAAAUCAAUGAUUAUCAAGAAAAUGAAAGGUAAAAUAUUUGUCAAUUUAUCAAAAUUCCCCAAAAACCCCUUUCAGCACCUUUCUGGAGCUCCAAAGUUGAUUUUCGCUCAUUUUCAAAACUUUUUGUUGAAUUUUAGUCGAAAAUCGAAAAUUUCCAUGUAAAAUCACUUUCAAAGCUCAAAAUUGCAUGAAAACUCGUUUUUAGUAAAAAAAGAAUAUUUGAAUUCUCUCAUUUACCCGCUCGAAACAUGCAACGGAAUUGCGGAGCAUCGUUGUUUUCACAAAACUCGCAUUUUUCAAGGUUUCUUGGUCAUUUUUCGGUUCAAAAAUCCUCAGAAUGCAAUUUUUGUGAAAACAACGAUGCUCCGCGAUUCCGUUGCAUAUUUCCAGCGGAAAAUGACAAAAUUCAAAUAUUUUUCACCAAAAAAACGAGUUUUCAUGGGAUUUUGAGCGUGGAACGUGAAAAAUGCAAAAACAACGAUGCUCCUCGAUUCCGUUGCAUAUUUCAAGCGGUAAACUAUGAAAUUUGAAUGUAAUUAUUGUUUUUCCAGGAGAAACUGCUUCAACAGCUGCAGCCAAAGAAUAUUUAGCGAAACUCGUCAGAGGUCUCGAGAAAAAACCAUUUCCACCAUGCGAUCCAAGUUUAUUUAUUUCGAAAUUUGAAAAUAAUGAAAAGGCUUUGGUUUGUUGCAAUUUUUCAUUCUAGAAAUCUUGAUUUUCUCAAUUUCCAGCCCGGAAUCGAUGAUGCUCCUUUACAUUUUCCAAACAACAAUCUACCAGCAAAAAUCAUUCCACCAAAUGCUUCGCUUCAAAAACGAGAUCCAAGAAUUCCGAAGCCUAAAAACUACCAUCCUUGUGUGAUGAAAAUGGUCGCAGGCAACAAAUUCGGUCCACCGGGUGGAUUUCAAAAAACAGGCACUUUUGAAAGAUUUGGCAAAAUUCCAAAAAAAAAAGAAAAGACUGGAAGUGAUGAAAUUAGUGCUGCUGGAAGUAAGGCUGCCACCUAA